AUGAACACGCACACCGGCGAGCGGCCCUUCGAGUGCAAUGAAAAUGGCUGCGGGAAAAAGUUCGCCGACAAAAGUAACCUCAAAAGGCACAUGUACUCGCACUUUGCCCAAUUUCGUUUCAAGUGCAACGAAUGCGGCCAAGAUUUUGCCCAAAAGGACAAACUUAUUCUUCACAUGCGUGUACACACCGGCGAGCGGCCCUACAAGUGCAAAGAACCCACGUGUGAAAAAGCUUUUGCUUCGUAUAGUGCACUACACAUUCACAUGCGCGUACACACUGGCGAGCGGCCCUACAAGUGUCCCGAGCCCGGCUGCGAAAAAGCCUUCACUCAACAGAACAAUCUCUCGAUGCACGUGCGCACCCACACCGGUAAACGUCCCUACAAGUGCAAGGAACCCGGGUGUGGGCUAGCUUUCGCUGUCCGGUGCAAUUUGAAAGCUCACACACGCACGCACACCGGCGUGCGCCCUUACAGGUGCGACGAGCCCGGGUGUGCAAGGGCUUUUGGUCGCAAGCAUGAUCUGGUGAACCACGUGCGGACGCACACUGGCGAGCGGCCCUUCAAGUGCGAUGAGCCCGGGUGUGGAAAAACAUUUAGUCAAAAAACCAAUCUGUCGAUGCACGUGCGGGUCCACACGGGCGAGCGGCCCUACAAGUGCAGUGAGCCCGGGUGUGGGAAAACUUUUGCUCUACGGAGUACAUUGAAGACACACGUUGGCACGCACACUGGCAAGCGACCCUACAAGUGCACCGAGCCGGGGUGUGGAAAAUCUUUCGCUCAGCAAAACAAACUCUCGAUUCACUCGCGCACGCAUACUGGAAAUCGGCCCUACAAGUGCGUCGAGCCCGGGUGUGGGAGAGCUUUUACCAUUAAAUCCAAUCUGAAGAGUCACAUUGGCACGCACAUGGGCCUGCGACCCUACAAGUGUAAUGUGCCCGGGUUACACGUGCGCGUGCACACUGGCGAGCGACCCUUUCAGUGCACUGAACCCGGAUGUGGAAAAGCUUUUGCCCAACGAGGUAACCUCGCCACACACAUGAACACGCACACCGGCGAGCGGCCCUUCGAGUGCAAUGAAAAUGGCUGCGGGAAAAAGUUCGCCGACAAAAGUAACCUCAAAAGGCACAUGUACUCGCACUUUGCCCAAUUUCGUUUCAAGUGCAACGAAUGCGGCCAAGAUUUUGCCCAAAAGGACAAACUUAUUCUUCACAUGCGUGUACACACCGGCGAGCGGCCCUACAAGUGCAAAGAACCCACGUGUGAAAAAGCUUUUGCUUCGUAUAGUGCACUACACAUUCACAUGCGCGUACACACUGGCGAGCGGCCCUACAAGUGUCCCGAGCCCGGCUGCGAAAAAGCCUUCACUCAACAGAACAAUCUCUCGAUGCACGUGCGCACCCACACCGGUAAACGUCCCUACAAGUGCAAGGAACCCGGGUGUGGGCUAGCUUUCGCUGUCCGGUGCAAUUUGAAAGCUCACACACGCACGCACACCGGCGUGCGCCCUUACAGGUGCGACGAGCCCGGGUGUGCAAGGGCUUUUGGUCGCAAGCAUGAUCUGGUGAACCACGUGCGGACGCACACUGGCGAGCGGCCCUUCAAGUGCGAUGAGCCCGGGUGUGGAAAAACAUUUAGUCAAAAAACCAAUCUGUCGAUGCACGUGCGGGUCCACACGGGCGAGCGGCCCUACAAGUGCAGUGAGCCCGGGUGUGGGAAAACUUUUGCUCUACGGAGUACAUUGAAGACACACGUUGGCACGCACACUGGCAAGCGACCCUACAAGUGCACCGAGCCGGGGUGUGGAAAAUCUUUCGCUCAGCAAAACAAACUCUCGAUUCACUCGCGCACGCAUACUGGAAAUCGGCCCUACAAGUGCGUCGAGCCCGGGUGUGGGAGAGCUUUUACCAUUAAAUCCAAUCUGAAGAGUCACAUUGGCACGCACAUGGGCCUGCGACCCUACAAGUGUAAUGUGCCCGGGUGUUCUUCCCACGCCACCCCCAACAUUGAGGUCAAAAACAUGUUACGACAUUCACUCUCCCAUCCAGUUUUUAAACCUGCCUACGCAAAUUCCUACCUCUGCAGUCCUUUCCCCCACUCGGUGCUUUCGACAUUGUCCCUCUCCAUUGGACUUUGGGGACCAACAUUACGACUGCCCAGUGAUUUCCUUCCACUUUUCUCUCACCCAUUGCACGUAUAA